UGUGUAUGUGUCUGUGCGCGCGCACGCGCGGCAAUGGCUCACUGAGCGGCAUGAGCGGCGACGGUGGCGGCAGUAGUGUGCAUGUGGGCUGGAGCUGAAGCAUCUGGGCCGAACUGCGCAGAGAUGCAGCGCACGUAAACGCGACAUGCGGACACACCGCCUUACCUUUCCGCUCACCUCCUCGCUGAUAUCAUGGUUAAAACACCGCUGAGAUCAUUUUUUUUUGUUUGUUUUGAAAUGGCGGCGCUCAAGUCGAGGUGAGCAGCUGCGUUGCUCGGGGAGUGCGCACUUUUUUCUCGCUGUUUUGCCAGGGGCAAGCAGCCAAGACAAAUAAAUCCGGUUUUUGUUCCUUUUCCACCUAUUAUUGCAUGAGGAACCAUGACGACGGGGCAGGAUGAAAGCUCAGUCCGCGUGGCACUGAGGAUCCGUCCCCAGCUGGCCAGGGAGAAGAUCGAGGGAUGUCACAUCUGCACAUAUGUGAUGCCCGGGGAGCCCCAAGUGAUCCUGGGGAAAGACAAGGCCUUCACCUACGACUAUAUGUUCGACAUGGACUCCCAGCAGGACUCCAUCUACGCCACCUGCACGGAGAAGCUGAUCGACGGAUGCUUCGAAGGCUACAACGCCACCGUCUUUGCAUACGGACAGACGGGUUCAGGGAAGACCUACACCAUGGGGACGGGCUUUGAUGUCAACAUCGUAGACGAGGAGCUGGGCAUCAUCCCCCGUGCCGUCCAUCACCUCUUCAAAGGCAUCGAGGAGCGCCGACAAGCCGCCCAGGAGCAGGGACGCCCCGUACCUGAGUUCAAGAUCAACGCCCAGUUCCUCGAGCUUUAUAAUGAGGAGGUUCUGGACCUGUUUGACUCCGCACGAGACAUGAAGCAGAAAUCUCACAUCAAGAUCCACGAAGACGCCACCGGAGGAAUCUACACAGUGGGAGUGACCACUCGGACCGUAUCCUCCGAGGCCGAGAUGAUGCAGUGCCUGAAGCUGGGCGCUCUGUCGCGCACCACAGCCAGCACCCAGAUGAACGUCCAGAGCUCUCGAUCACACGCAAUCUUCACCAUCCAUUUGUGCCAAGUCCGCGUUUGUGCCUCCGACAAUCAAGAAAAUGAUAGCGAUAACCGAGUCUCCAAUGGAAACUCUGAGAUGGACGAGUACGAGACGCUGACAGCCAAGUUCCACUUUGUGGAUCUGGCCGGUUCUGAGAGGCUGAAGAGAACCGGAGCGACGGGCGAUCGAGCCAAAGAGGGCAUCUCCAUCAACUGUGGACUGCUCGCUCUGGGGAAUGUAAUCAGUGCUUUGGGCGACCGCAGCAAGCGGUCCUCUCAUGUGCCUUACAGAGACUCCAAACUCACCCGACUCCUGCAGGACUCUUUAGGAGGAAACAGCCAAACAGUGAUGAUCGCCUGCAUCAGCCCGUCUGACCGGGACUUCAUGGAGACGCUGAACACACUAAAGUACGCCAACCGAGCCCGGAACAUCAAGAACAAGGUGAUGGUGAACCAGGACAAGGCCAGCCAGCAGAUCAGCGCUCUGAGGACGGAAAUAGCUCGACUGCAGAUCGAGCUGAUGGAGUACAAGACGGGUAAACGCAUGGUGGGUGAGGAUGGCGUGGAGAGUUUCAGCGACAUGUUCCAUGAGAACUCCAUGCUGCAGACGGAGAACAGCAACCUGAGGGUGAGGGUGAAGGCCAUGCAGGAGACCAUCGACGCUCAGAGGGCACGGCUCACCCAGCUGCUCAGUGACCAGGCCAACCAGGCCCUCGCCAGGGCAGGUGAAGGAGGAACAGAGGAAAUUGGAAACAUGAUUCAGGGUUACAUCAAAGAGAUUGAGGACCUCAGAGCCAAACUCCUGGAGAGUGAAGCUGUGAAUGAGAAUCUGAGGAAGAAUCUGUCUCGCGCCUCCACCCGUCAGUCGUUCUACGGAGGGUCCGGCUCCUUCUCCUCCUCGAUGCUGCCCCCUGAGAAGGAGACCUCGGAUAUCAUCGAAAUGGCCAAGAAAGACCUGGAGAAGCUGAAGAAACGAGAGAAGAAGAAAAAGAAAAGACUCCAGCAGCUGUUGGAGCAGAGGGAGAGGGAGGAAAGGGAGGAGGUGGUGGAAGAGGUUGAGGACGCCAGCGCCAAUAAGGAAGAAAUCCCUGACAACGAGCAGGAAAAGGGCACAGAGAAAGAAAUGACGGAGCGAGUGAACGAGGACGCAGAUAUGGAGGUCCAGGAGGGCAGCGACCAUGAGGAAGCGGAGGAGGAAGAGGAGGAGGAAGAGGAAGAGAUGGACGUGGAGGAGAGCUCUGAUGAUUCUGACUCUGAGUCCGAUGAGAAAGAGAACUUCCAGGCAGAUCUGGCCAACAUCACCUGUGAGAUCGCCAUCAAGCAGAAGCUGAUAGAUGAGCUGGAGAACAGCCAGCGGCGCCUUCACACACUCAAACAGCAGUACGAACAGAAGCUGAUGAUGCUGCAGUGCAAGAUCAGGGACACCCAGCUGGAGAGGGACCGCGUCCUCCAUAACAUGACUUCAGUAGAGAGCGGCACAGAGGACAAGGCUCGCAAGAUCAAGGCUGAAUAUGAGAAGAAGCUGAGCGUCAUGAACAAGGAACUGCAGAAGCUGCAGUCUGCUCAGAAGGAGCACGCCCGCCUGCUCAAGAACCAAUCACAGUACGAGAAGCAGCUGAAGAAGCUUCAGAUGGACGUGGCAGAGAUGAAGAAGACGAAGGUCCGUCUCAUGAAGCAGAUGAAGGAGCAGCAGGAAAAGAACAGGAUGAACGAAUCUCGCAGAAACCGUGAAAUCGCCACCUUGAAGAAAGACCAGCGCAAGCAAGAGCAUCAACUGAAGUUAUUGGAGGCUCAGAAGAGGCAGCAAGAGCUCAUUCUGAGGAGAAAGACUGAGGAGGUGACGGCUCUGAGGAGGCAGGUCAGGCCCACCUCAGGUAAGGUCAUCAGGAAAGUCAACCUCUCAGACUCACUCCAGGACUCCACCCACAGACCUCCAUCUGGACGCAUGUACUCCUCUGGCAACACAGCUCCCAACGGGACUCGUUUGACCUACAGGCGUACAGUGGGUAUUUACUCCACCAGAAUCGCUCGUAAUAAAUGGCAGUCUCUGGAGCGACGGAUCUGUGAUGUCAUCAUGCAGAGGAUGACCAUCUCCAACAUGGAGGCCGACAUGAACCGCCUCCUCAAGCAACGGGAGGAGCUGACCAAGCGUAAGGAGAAGGUCAUCAGGAAGAGGGAGCGGCUGCUCAGAGAGGGGCCAGAGGCAGAGAAGGCCGUGCCUCCCCUCAACGAAGAAGUGGAUGCGUUGACAGCGAACAUCGACUACAUCAACGACAGCAUCGCAGACUGUCAGGCCAACAUUAUGCAGAUGGAGGAGGCCAAGGAGGAGGGAGACACAGUGGACGUCUCUGCUGUGAUAAGUUCUUGUACCCUGGCAGAGGCUCGUUUCCUGCUCGAUCACUUCAUGUCAAUGGCCAUAAACAAGGGUCUGCAGGCAGCUCAGAAGGAGUCCCAGGUGAAGGUGAUGGAGGGCAGGCUGAAGCAGACGGAGAUCACCAGCGCCACACAGAACCAGCUGCUCUUUCACAUGCUGAAGGAGAAAGCCGAGUUCAACCCGGAGCUGGACGCCCUGCUGGGGAACGCUCUGCAAGAGCUAGGUAACAUCCCACCUGAAAACGGAGAUGAUAGCAGCAGUGAUGAGUCCGCCCAGAGCCCUUCAGCUGAGGGAACCACUUUAGCAUCAGAUCUCAUGAAACUCUGUGGAGAGACCAAAACAAGGAGUAAGGCUCGUAGGAGGACCACCACUCAGAUGGAGCUGCUGUACGCAAACUCUGACUCUGCUCCCGACGCGCCCACCGCAGACUUCUCCAGUCCGAUGCUGCCGUUAGCUGAGACACCAGAUGGGGGAGGAGACACGGACACGUCAGGCUCAUCAGUCAGGGACUACACAGCUCUCUCCCCCGGCUUUUCCUCUAAAAUGGGCAGCAUUUCUGGCUCCAGAACCUCGUCAGUGGUGGAAAGGCGAGCUCCGGAGCCUUCCCCGCUCUCUCGCAGGAAGACCUAUGACAAGGCGUACGCAGCGGCUGACAGGGCAAAGGUCAAGGAGAUUAAACAGGGCGUGAUUAACCCGGUGCCACCCACUAAAAGCAGCCGCUCGGCGACGUUGCAGUGUGUCCAUGUGGCAGAGGGACACAGUAAAGCUGUUCUCUGUGUCGACUGCACUGAUGACCUUCUCUUCACUGGAUCCAAAGACCGGACCUGUAAGGUGUGGAACCUGGUGACGGGUCAGGAGAUAAUGUCCCUAGCCGGUCACCCCAACAACGUGGUGUCAGUCCGCUACAGCUCCAGUUUGGUCUUCACUGUCUCAACCUCCUACAUCAAAGUGUGGGACAUCCGGGACUCGGCCAAGUGCAUCCGAACUCUAACGUCCUCUGGUCAGGUUAAUGUUGGGGAUAUCUGUGCGUCUAGCACCAGCCGAACUGUCGCCAUCCCAGCAGGAGAGAAUCAGAUCAACCAGAUCGCUCUCAACCCCAACGGGACGGUUCUGUACGCCGCCGCCGGAAACUCAGUCCGAGUCUGGGAUCUGAGGAGAUUUGCCUCCACUGGGAAACUUACUGGUCACCUCGGUCCAGUAAUGUGUCUGACCGUGGAUCAGUCCGGAAACAACCAAGACCUGGUGAUCACCGGGUCCAAGGACCAUUACGUUAAGCUGUUUGAUGUGACGGAGGGCUCUCUGGGGAGCAUCAGCCCCACACACAACUUUGAACCGCCACAUUACGACGGUAUCGAGUCUCUGGUGGUGCAGGGGGACAUUUUCUUCAGCGGCUCCCGAGACAACGGCAUCAAGAAGUGGGACCUGGACCGCAAAGACCUGCUGCAGCAAGUCCCUAACGCUCACCGUGACUGGGUGUGUGCACUGGGCGUCGUCCCCGGCUCCCCUGCCCUGCUCAGCGGCUGCAGAGGUGGGGUGCUCAAGCUGUGGCACACGGACACACUGGGGACCCUCGGGGAGCUCAAGGGUCACGAGAGCCCCAUCAACGGAAUUUCUACCAACAGCAGCCACCUGUUCACCGCCUCAGAUGACCGGACAGUGAAGAUCUGGCGUGCUCGCGGUGGACUAGACAGCACCUUAGAGACGGUUGACAAUGCAGACGAGGUGGCAAGUAACUGAAUGCAGCGCCACCCGCUGGGUUUGACUCUGGAAGGACAUUAACAGCAUCCUUUGAUGCUGCUUCCCUGCACUUUGACCCCUACCCUCUGACGCCCAACGCUCACUCCUGAGAGACACACACACACACACACACAAACACACACACACACACACACUGUCAUUGCCAUGUAACCUGCGCCAAGAGGAAACGCUAAAGUAACGUUGUCUCAAGAGUAACUAACACAAUAACUGUUUUGUUAGACUCUGUACUCUCAGAGGCUCCUGCUAAUCAGACUUAGUUCACUGUAUUGUUAAUGAAUCUUCUCUCUCUCUGUUGCGCUGUAGGCAGUUCUUCACCCUGAAUCUUGACAGGAACUUGAACUCACAAGACGAUUAUUUAACACUCAGAAAACAUCUCUGCAGCUCAGCAUAUAUUCAGCGUUGUGCCAGGAAACAAUGCAUCCACAGACACACAAUUACCCAGGGGAAGGGUAGCAGUGUGUGUGGUUAGAUUAGAUAAGAUAUACAGGAAGUUGAGUGUUAGAGGAGAAAAAGGUGGCAGAGCUAACAGGUUGGUAGCUGGUCUUCACAACCCAGUUCUCCAGUUUCUUGGGAUUGUUUCUCUGCAAUUGAAGCAGAACCAAUGUCCCCGCGCUCCUUUUCCCAAUGAACAAAAGUGGCUUUACUGUAUGUGAAUAAGACAAAUCACCCUUCACCCUUAACUCCCCACUCCUGCUUUUGUGCUCUUCUCUUUUUCAAUUUCUGCAGCUGCUUCAGAUCAGCAACCAAAAUUGUGCGACUCGUUGUCUUUGCUGUCCUGCACCGCACUCGUGAACAGAUCACGUCACGGCAACACUCCCACUUCACACAAGAGUUUGACAUUUUGCGAAAUGAGAUUAUUUGUUUUCUUGCUGAGAGUUAGAGGAGAAGAUUGAUACCACUUUUACAUCCGUCAUGUCAUGGGUCGUUAUGUUAAACGUAAGCUAUAGCCUUAGCUUAGCAUAAAGCCUGGAAACAUGGAGAAACAGCUAGCGCUAAAAUUUGCGUACCAGCUCUUCUGAAUCAAUGACUUACACAUUAUGUCUUGUUUGUUUAAUCCGUACAAAUGUGUUAAAGUGUAAAAUGACAGUUUGUGGUUUUACAAUAACUAUUUUUUAGCCAGGCUCAGUAACUUUCUUUUCCUGCUCCAUUUUUACACUUUGGAUUUUGUUGGAUUAAACAAACAAGAUGUAAUAACAGUUAGUGACCUUUGGCGGUGCCGUUACCUGUUUCCAUUGCUUAUGCUAAGCUAAGAUAACUAGCUGUAGCUUCAUGUUCACUGUUUAGACAUGAUAGUGGUAUUAAUUUUCUCUUCUAACUCUGUGGAAGAAAACAAAUAAAGGUAUUUCCCAAAAUGUUGAACUAUUCCUUUAACUUUUGAGCACUUGUGAAAAUAGACCUAAUAAGUGUUUGACGUAAACUUAAUCUUUCUUAAAUAUGAGCAGGUUCAGCGUUCGAGGAUCUUCUACACUUGUUGUCCAUGUUUCAUCGUGUGUAAAAAAAUGUGUGUUCACUCCUCACACGUUGCUAUUAACGCUCACAUGAACCUACACUGCUGAGUUGUCGUCUAACUUCCACGCUGCUAAGUCGUGUGCUCACCUUCUUCCACCCUAUAAGAGGGCUUCGAGUCGUGGACUCCGGGUGAGGUCCGCUCGGUACCGUAGCAUUGUGUAUGUGUAUAUAUGUAAUAGUAUUUUUUUUGUUUUGUUUUUUUGAGAGGAGAGUCCUUCAGACUCUGCCCGAUUUGUGAGCCUAGCCACGUCGACUGACGUCUGUCUCCCAGUUCUGAUCCUUGUGGGGCCUUCCUGGAGACUCUGUGGUCUCCCUGAUGUAACUGAUCUGUUUGUCACGAUUGUGUGCUGUCACUUUUGAAUGUUCAGUGAAACAGCAGCUGUAGGCGUUAUUCUAAAUACAUAUCUAAUGUAUGUAAACAAUGUAUUUAAAAACAAACAAAAAAAAAAAAAACCUGACUGAAUGUUAGUUUUGUGGGACCACCGGCCUGAACACGGUCUCAUGCCGAGAGGACCAGAAUUGGCAGGAAGACUGACGAGCGGCAUCAAUAAUGCCAAGAAUAGAGCUUUUCCUCCAGUGAGGUGGCGAGUUGUGUUUAGUGGCCUAUGGUUAGUUUUUCUUUUUCUUCUUUUCAUUUGUUAUGCUGUCCCUGUUACACACAUCCUGGGCGUUCCCCUCUGGAGUUUUAGUUGCCAUCCCCACAUGGCAGACUCUGUAGCGAUUCUAAUGUCAGAUGCCUGGUGAGAAUAAACGCCAUCUGUCAAAAACAAA